UUUUUAUAAUGCCCAAAACCCCCCUUACCCUUUCCGUUCUCUCUCAACUUUCCUCCCUUCUUCGUCGUCGGACCUGUUCGCAGUCCCUCUCCCCUAUUAAAAAUCAACUCUCCCCUCUCUCUCUCUCUCUCUCUCUCUCUCUCUCUACAUAGCUAUUACAUAACAUACAUAUAAGUACAACAAUUUAUAUGAAGUUCUAGAGAGAGAGAGACUAUGGAUGCACACGGGUCGGGUCGAUGGUCGGUGAUGGAUUCCCUGAGGGGUUGCACGAUGGGAGGGAUGCGUGUCGACAAGGAGGAACUGAAGCGGAAGAUUACGAUGCCCGAGUACCUACGCCACGCGAUACGAGACGCGAUUGAAUCCAAGGACGCCGCCGGAAACCGCCACUUCGACUCCGCCGCCGCCGCCGCCGAGUGUCCUAUGGUCGUGUUCAUCAAUCCGAAUAGCGGCGGGCGUCACGGACCCAAGCUCAAGUCCAGGCUUCAGGAAUUGAUGGGCGAAGAGCAGGUUUUCGACCUUCAAUCUGUGAGGCCUCAUGUAUUUGUUCAGUAUGGGUUGGGAUGCUUGGAGAAGAUGGCUGAACUUGGGGACUCGUGUGCCAAAGAAACUCGUGAGAAGCUGAGGGUUGUGGUUGCAGGAGGAGAUGGCACGGUGGGUUGGGUUCUAGGAUGCCUUGGAGAGCUUCACAAACAAGGACGCGAACCAAUUCCUCCAACAGCAAUCAUUCCCCUUGGUACAGGAAAUGACUUGUCUAGGAGUUUUAGUUGGGGUGGUUCAUUUCCUUUCUUCUGGAAAUCAGCAAUCAAAAGAACGCUUGACAAGGCUAGUAAAGGUCCAACUUGCCGUCUGGAUAGCUGGAAUGUUUCGAUAUCCAUGCCAGCAGAGGAAGUUGUGGAUCCACCUCAUUCUCUGAAGCUUGUGGAGGAGCGUUCCCUUGAUUCGGGAGUACAAAUAGAAGGACAGCUACCUGAGAAAUUGUCUUGCUAUGAAGGAGUUUUUUAUAAUUACUUCAGCAUAGGAAUGGAUGCGCAAGUUGCUUAUGGCUUUCACCAUUUACGGAAUGAAAAACCUCACCUUGCCAAAGGUCCUAUUUCAAACAAGUUGAUUUACUCUGGCUAUAGUUGCACACAAGGUUGGUUCUUCACACCGUGCAUCAGUGAUCCAAGCUUAAGGGGACUCAAGAACAUUGUAAGGAUGCAUGUUAAGAAGGCCAACUGCUCAGAAUGGGAGCUAGUUCCAAUCCCUGCAAGUGCUAGGUCCAUUGUUGCUUUAAAUUUAAAUAAUUAUGCAAGCGGAAGAAAUCCGUGGGGUCAUCUGAAGCCAGAUUAUUUGGAGAAGAGAGGCUUUGUUGAGGCACAUGUUGAUGAUGGUCUUAUAGAAAUUUUUGGCCUCAAACACGGAUGGCAUGCUUCCAUGGUCAUGACUGAACUUAUUUCUGCCAUACACAUUGCUCAGGGUGCGGCGAUAAGGUUCGAGUUCAGAGGAGGAGAGUGGAAGGAAGCUUUUCUGCAAAUGGAUGGAGAGCCAUGGAAACAGCCAAUGAGUAAGGAUUAUUCCACAUUUGUGGAAAUUAAGAAAGUGCCAUUUCAGUCUGUUAUGAUCAAUGGGGACUAAGUUAAGCGCAACUUCCUCCGAUUGGAAUCAAUGUAAAUCAUAUGCACCCUAGGGUAUUGUUGUAUUUAGUCCGUCACUAUCAGUAGGUUCAUCCAUUUUGAGAAACUUAGGAAUUAUUUAUGGAGAAAUUAGACUUCUUAUGUAGAUAGAAAUUUGUGUUUGCGGGUUAUCUGGGGUAGGUUAAUGAUAUUACAUGUAAAGUACCUGUGAUUAAUACAUAACUUCGGAAUCUUUCGUAUUUUAGAUUUGUAUAUCUUACUUGGUUUCCUGUACGUGUAAUAACUCUGUAAUGCUACUGUUACUUACAUUCAAGUUUCUAUGCAAUGAAAACGGAAUGCUAUUUUAUGAUC